CAGGUACCUCCGGUCUUGAUGACUACGCCAGCGCGGUGAAUUAUGCUCAUGACUUUGCCAAUGCUUUGGAAGUCCUCGCCAGCGCAGCUCAGAACAAGGCGUUCCGUACCCACACCGUCAUCGUUAAGGGCAUCGACAAGAACGACGACUUCGACAUGGUCGCCCGAGGCUACACAGAACGUAUGUUCAAGUCUUGGAUGAGUCAACCUACAGGUUUCUCGCAUUGGUCCAAGUGAUGAGUGGUCUGAUUUCACCAUAUUUGUAGGCACUACGUCUUUUCCAGUGCAUCGUGUGAGGUAAGUUCAUGUUCGAGACAUCUUCAUCUACCAGUCUGGCCUUCUUGACAAGGCUUGGCGAAAAGUCUUCGUACUUCAGAGCGGUGUGCACUGGAGGCUUUGCGGAGAGCGAUAAGCACAAAAUAAGGCUCCCUGAAUCUGAGAAGACUAUAGCUGCUAUGCUUGACGAGAUUUACGGAACAUAUAACUCGACAACAGGGUCACUGUCCACGGGAUUCGUGUUGCGGCCGGAGACCGAGAAGGAGCGGGCUCGUAACGAUCUACUGGACUUGUUCAUUGCAUCAGAAAAGUACGGCCUUGAGAAGGACAAGACCAAAGUGGUCAAAGCCAUCAUCGACCGCCUUCCGUUCGUUCAAGACUCUUUGAUUAUCGUUGACCUCGCCACAUAUGUCUACGACGACCAGACUCCUCAAGUCGAUUGCGGCCUGCGUAAGGCCAUCAUCCAACAGAUAUACAUACGACUGCCUCCAAUUCUGAGUGACAAGAAGGCUUGGCAGGAGUACUCAGAGAAUCGGGCUGUUUCGAAAGCACUCCAUGCCCAUGUGGCCCAUCUGUUCAUGCCUGGUGUUUGGUCAGAAUUGGACAUACUCUCGGACGGCUACAGACGAACACGCCCGAUCUUUUCUGGGUCCAGUUCAUGGGUGAGCUUUUGACAGGCAGUCUGAUGCGUGUAUAUUGCAACUCCAGAACAUUGAGACAGCCACGCCGCUAUUGUAUUGGCGACCUUCAUGCAGACCAGUCAUUUCCUGGUAUGGCACUAUGAACGGACAGAUAGGAAACUGUCUUUCAUAAGAUACUGCCUGAUAUGAACGGUGCCGAUGGUCGUAAAGCUUGCGAUAAUUAUGCAGCAGGGUGCUAGAUCAGUGAAUAGAACAGAGAAUCAAG